AUGACCUCCUGGGCCCUCCUGUUCCUUGCCUCAGUGCUCCUGGCCACCCCGGGGCUGACCUUUUGUGGUCUUUCCCCUGAGGACCAUGACCUGGAUAUGGCUGACAGGUGUCAGGAUGAGCCGUUCUUCCAGAUGCUGGCCCAGGAGACCCCCCAGAGGGACCUGCUGAACAAAACUGAAGGGCUGAUUUACAACUGUUGGCCAUCUUGGAAGAUAAUGUCUCUGCUGAAGAAAAUGGUGGGAGAGGAGGCCAGUCAGGAAACCAUGAAAGGGGCUGUAUUCCUGGUGUGCAUGGAGGUGAUGUUGCUGAGAGGUUUCUGGAUGAGAAUGGUGUCCAGAUUCGUUAGACUCAUCUCCCAGGCAUCCUUCGUGGCAAAACUCCCAGGGAAAUCUGUGUGACACUCAGAAUAUGCUGCCAUCAGGUCUCUGAGCCUCUGGGGUCUCUGACCCCACCCUGGGGAGAAGCACAGAGUCUCCCACAACCACCACCUGCUUCUGCCCUCCCAGAUCCAGAGCCGACCC